UCUGUUGUGACGUAAGCGGCGGUAGACGGAACCCAGCGGGUGCGGGCAGGAGAGCAUCACAGCCUGCGACAUGUCGGUGACAGCGGAUCACAUCCGGGACAGGCUCACCGCGGGGCUGGCGGCGGUGCACGUGGAGGUGGAGGACACGUCGCCCAACAGGUGUGCUGCCAGCUUCAAAGUGCUGGUGGUGUCGUCGCAGUUUGAGGGCAAACCGCUGUUGCAGAGACACAGGAUGGUGAACACUUGCCUCGCCGAGGAGCUGAAAGAGAUCCACGCUUUUGAACAGAAGACGCUCACACCAGAACAGUGGGAGAAACACAAAUCACAGUGACGCACACGCCAAUCACACCGUCGUCAUAAACGUCGCCGAUGGAAAGCCGCUGAUCGCUCUGCUUUAAUUCACUGGCAAUAAAACUGUUUGAUGCUUC